GACACCCUUACUCCACUUCAUACAUCUGCCGAGCGGCGUAGCCAGUGCAGACGCGCACCAGAACUCACCAGCGGCUCCGCUGCUCUUUGUCACCACUGCAUCUGAACUCAUUCACCCAUCGUCCACACCAGCACCAGCAGCAGCAGGAGUCCGCCAACACAAAAGACUGUUCUUAUUAUCACACACAUCUGCAUCCCGGACUGAGAAAUGAACCAUAGAGUUCUGUUCACGUGGAUUUUUGUGCACUGUGUCGCUUCGCUCCUCUAUUCUAUCCACGGAGAAAACGCUGUUCCCGAAGGAGAAAAUGAUGAAUUGAAUAAAUUAUCAGAAAACAAGGUUCUCGACAGAUCAAUCAAGUACAACAUGAGGAAGAGUUUGGAUCUGGACCAGGAGGGCUGCUACCUGCAGACUGGCAAAAAGGAGUGUCUAGAGAAGUGUAGCUUCAACGCUACAGCCAAGACCAUCUUCAUUAUCCACGGCUGGACGAUGAGCGGUAUGUUUGAAAACUGGAUGCACAAACUGGUCUCUGCAGUGAUGCAGCGUGAGAAUGAGGCCAAUGUGGUGGUUGUUGAUUGGCUCUCCAGGUCUCAGCAGCUCUACCCUGAUGCAGUCAACCACACCCUUGGUGUGGGUCUUGAUAUUGCCAACAUGCUAAACUGGCUUCAGGAAGAACUGCAGCUGCCUCUGCAGAAUGUGCACCUCAUUGGCUACAGUUUAGGAGCUCAUGUAGCUGGCUAUGCAGGGACACAUGUACAAGGCACCGUUGGCAGAAUUACUGGACUGGACCCAGCAGGACCAAUGUUUGAGGGCGUUGAAGAAGAGAAGCGCCUCUCUCCAGAUGAUGCCGACUUUGUGGAUGUUCUGCACACGUACACCAGAGAGGCUUUAGGUGUUAGCAUCGGGAUCCAGCAGCCAAUCGGAGACAUUGACAUCUACCCCAAUGGUGGUGAUAUUCAGCCGGGUUGUGCACUGGCUGAUGUGCUGUCACUGACGGGAAAUUUCAUGGAUGUACUGAAGUGUGAGCACGAGCGUUCUGUACACUUGUUUGUAGACUCUCUGAUGAACAAGGACCACAUGAGCUUUGCUUACCAGUGCACCGGCCCCGAUCGUUUCAAGAAGGGCAUCUGCCUCAGCUGCCGUAAGAAUCGCUGCAACAACAUCGGCUACAACGCCAGAAAAAUGCGCAAGAGGCGCAACACCAAAAUGUACCUGAAGACACGAGCAGACACUCCCUUCGGUGGCUACCAUUAUCAGAUGAAGAUGCACGUGUUCAACAGGAAGCAUUCGGACCAUGCAGAUCCCAUCUUCAAUGUGAAGUUAUAUGGAGCCAAUAAUGAUACCACCAACCUGUUGGUUGACGUCCAAGAUGGCAAAAUCGGCCUAAAUCUGACCAACACCUUCCUGGUUUUUACUGAGGAUGACAUCGGUGACCUGCUGAAGAUUCGUUUGGUCUGGGAAGGCGAGGCAGACUCUUUGGGUUCCUUCUGGAAGUACUUUAAGAGUUCACUGUGGUCACAGAAAACCAAACCUAUCCUUGCGGUACGACGGAUUCGUGUAAAAGCAGGAGAGACACAAAAGAAGUUUGCUUUUUGUGCAGAGGACCUCUCAAAAAUUGAGAUUUCACCUGGUGAAUCUAAGACCUUUGUGAAAUGUCCUGAUGGUUGGGAUGUCAAACCAAGGAAAAGAGUGCCCAUGUAAAGGUAACAAUACUGCACUCCCUACAACUAAUCCACCAUCGCCAUGGGGACCCGACGUGGAUGGAGCACUUCCUUCUCUUUAUUUGAGCACUUUUCUGUUGGAGGAAGGUCGAUCAGCGCAUGGUGAUGAGGAGCCUUGGAAAUUGUUAAAUGGUUUCCAAUGGUUCCAGGAAUUCUGGGACUCUGGGCUCCGUCCAGCGAAUCAGGACGGUGGCUGACAGGCUGGAAGCAGACACAAUCUUGCACAGUAGAUUGCCUGCAGAAUAUAAGAUAAUGUUUUUCGGUCGUUUGGAGGAGAGUUCAGAUCUGUAACAGUGGGACUAACAGCAGCAAAUGUAGUGGCUUGACUGUGUAUUUUUAAAUGUUCUAUUUAUGAAAGAAAAUUGAAGUACUGCUAGACAAUUGUUAUUUAUCGGCACAUCCCAGAUGCAGUAUUUGUGUUUGUGCGCAUUUUUAUGAAUGUGUUUAUCUGUGUGUGAAGAAAAUGUGCCUUUCUGCUGAGAUUACUGAUACACUGUAUAAAUGAAGGAAAUACCUUAUACAAUCAGUCUGAGGUUUUGUGUGUUGUAAAAGUUUGUGUAUGGCUUAUUCCUGGGUUGUGUUCAUGUGUAAAUAAUGUAGAUUUUUUUGAAUAAAAUGUGCACCCUUUUUACUUGUA